AUGGCUGGCCAUAGCACAGCGAAUUCGGGAACCACCGUUCCGUUGUGUGUUCUUGUGAUCCCGGCUGUUUCCGAAGGGUCAAAGAGGAGACUCGAGUGCCUGUUUGACCAUGUCAUCCCCGUUCCGCCCAUCACUGGCAUAUCGGCGGCGAAUCUCGAACUUAUCGGACGUCCCGAUCUUCACACGACCCUCACCAAGCUCAACCUUUGGACUCUCGACCAGUACGAGCGUGUACUGUACCUCGACGCCGACACGCUGGUCCUGUCUAAUCUAGACCAUCUCUUCUCCCUGCCAGACCACAUCGGAUUCGCCGCGUCACCAGAUGUCGGCUUCCCGGACUGCUUCAACAGCGGCGUGAUGCUCCUGAAACCGAACAAGACGACCUACAUGGAGCUGAGCAGGCUAGCUGGGGAGGUGGAGUCGUUUGACGGAGGGGACCAGGGACUCCUGAACAUUCACUUCGGCGACGGGACUCUCGGCCACCCGGUGAAGCGACUGCUGUCUAACCAGGAGAGCCCUGAUCCCGCAGCGCGCGCGUGGUUUCGGCUCAGCUUCACCUACAACAUGCAGAUGCACAAGGUUUAUCGGCUCUAUGUCUCUGCUGUUCUUCGCUAUCGAUCUCAGCACAAAGUCAUUCACUUCCUCGGCAAGGACAAGCCUUGGAAUUUCCCUGACGGCAAGGUCGAAGCUCCCGAGGAUACCUCGGCGUACUUUGAGUUCUACUGCGACAUGGUGAGCAGGUGGUGGCAUGUUCGCCGCCAGGUGGAAAGCAAUGAUUCGAAGGCGGGCGGCAGACAGAUCCAGGCAUAA